AUAUUUGUUGAAGUGCAAUAUUUUAUUGCCAAUAAGAAUUAAUAUAGUUUAAUUUCUAGUUCUGCUUAUCACCGUCGUCACAUUGUUUUGUUAUGUUUGCAACUGCAUGUGAGUGUGGCAGCUGCUAUCUGUGUGAAUUAUGCGUGUGUGCAUGGUGUCGGACUUUUUCUAUCCCAGCAUCGGUGGCGUCGAGGAGCAUGUUUACAAUCUCUCACAGAUGCUUUUAUCACAUGGCCACAAAGUCAUCGUGCUGACACACGCCUACGGCGACUGCAGCGGCGUACGGUACUUGACGCACGGCCUUAAAGUCUACUAUCUGCCCAUUAAGGUGUGCUACAACCAAUGUAUUUUGCCCACGGCCGUCUGUAAUGUGCCGUUGUUGCGGGCAGUGCUUCUACGGGAGCGCAUUGAAGUGGUGCACGGCCACUCGGCGUUCAGUGCCCUAGCGCACGAGGCCAUUAUGGUUGGCGCUUUGCUGGGCCUAAAGACUGUAUUUACGGAUCACAGCCUUUUUGGUUUUGCCGACCUGUCCGCAACUCUUACCAAUAGGAUGCUGGAGAUAAACCUGAGUAUGGUCAAUCACUGCAUCUGUGUGUCACACAUCGGCAAAGAAAAUACCGUCCUGCGUGCCCGUGUGUCCAAACAUCGCGUCUCUGUCAUACCCAAUGCAGUGGACACUGCACUUUUCACGCCAGAUCCCUCUCAGCGACCAACCAACGGCACAAUCAAUAUUGUUGUGGCCUCGCGCUUAGUAUAUCGCAAGGGUAUUGAUUUACUGGCCGGCGUUAUACCGCGCUUCAAACAUACGCCCAACAUUAAUUUCAUCAUUGUCGGCGAUGGGCCGAAGCGUGAUCUGCUUGAGGAAAUACGCGAGAAAACAAACAUGCAGCAUCGCGUCGAAAUUGUGGGCGCUGUUGACCAUGCCAAGGUGCGAGAUGUGCUCGUGCGUGGCCACAUUUUUGUGAACACCUCGCUAACGGAGGCCUACUGCAUGGCCAUUGUAGAGGCGGCCGCGUGUGGGCUUCAGGUCGUGUCGACAAGCGUGGGCGGCAUACCAGAGGUGCUGCCCAAGCAUUUAAUAUUGCUCGUUGAGCCCGAAAUCGAUGCCAUACAUCAAGCUGUGCUGGUGGCCAUUGAGCGCCAUCGGCAAACUGUCACUGCCACAUCAUUGCAUGCAAAUGACAUUGCCUCUGCUGUUUCUGCCAAUGGACACAUUCCGACCAAUGGGCAGCCAAACUCUUCAGCAGGUCGCGUACGCGGAAAACGAAAGGGACGCAAGCUGCUAAAAGCACCGGUGCCUGUGCCAGCGUCGUCGCCAGAUGCUCCCACAACUGUCGUGAUGCGCGGAGCAGCUGCCGACGAGGACAGUCAAGUAGAGCCGGUGCUCUGUCCGUAUCGUUGCAACGAAAUCGUGGGCACGCUCUACAACUGGGACGACGUGGCCUUGCGCACCGUCAAAGUGUAUGAACGCAUAGCGGGCGAGCCCAGUUGGACGCUGGGCCAAAUACUGUGCGUUGUAAAUAAGUGUGGCGCCUGGUUUCUGGUCUUCGUAGUGAUCGCACACAUGUUGCUCCAACUACUGGAGCGCUGGCGUCCUUUGCGACAUAUGGAGAUGGCUGUUGAGGUACGCGACCGAGCUUCUUCGCCACGCCGCUUCUAGCAAAUAAUCAGUUUAUUUAUACAUACAUACAUAUAUUUAUGAAAAAGUACUAUUUAUAUUGCUGCAAACUACACGAAUUGCUUCUGCUCGCCGCAACAUGGAAUUCUAACUCAAUAAUAGCAAUAAGCAUCCUUUCAUUCCUUGCCUUCUGGAUGCAUAAGGAUUGUGGAACAGGAUUUGUAACCUGGCGCAGCCUCGCAGUUGUUGGCCCGUU